UUCUAUUUUUUAAAGAAACAUAUUUAAAAAAAUACAAAGCUGUGACUAAAUUAUUAUCAAUUUCUUCCUUAACAUACGUGUAACAGGGGAACAAUUUCAUUCCCCUCCUCUGAGCACCUUGUAAUAUGAAGUAUCCAUCAGGAAUCUUCUAACAGAGUCCUGUAGUAGCGUGCACAACCCACUAGAGCUGUUGAGUUAGCUGCUGAUUUCUGUUUAUUCUGAGCGAACUUACAUCGGUUUAAUAUUAAUAUUAAUGUAUGAUUUGGAUUUUGUCCAAGGCUGCCACUCACUGUACAAACCUAAUCAGCAGCACACCAGGCAGCCCUCCUGCAACUUGCAUGUGCAGAAACAGUUUGCAACAGCAAAUAUUUGCAUCAACAGAGAUGAUUUAUCCAUAGAAAAACACAUUAAGUUUUCAUUACACUGUUAUGGAUGAACAAAUUCCUGCCUUGUGCAGGACGGAUGGCAGCAGGGAACUGAUCCCCCACACUGUGUGCCUGUGCUGGUGCUCGGGGUCCUGCAGAGUGCUAAGCCACUGCUGUAAAGAAUGAACCUUUGAUUUCUGCUUCACUUAAAAGGAGGUGAAAAUGCCCAGACCCUUCCAGAAUUUUUACCAGCUCUGUAUGAUCAAAUGUAAUGAAUAUGAGUGCUAUGUCACAGAUUCCAAUUAAUUUCUAACUGAAAUGAAUGGGAGCCUUCUCACUGGGAUGAAGUCAGUGCUGAUGUUCUAAAUGUCUGAUGUGGGUGAAGAAAACAAAUGAUAAAAACAAAAACCAAACACCAGAAGAACAACAGAUUAGCACAGAUACAUAUUUCAAAUCAGUACAUCCCCUUAUUUCCUGGAUAUGUUCUUGAUGCCAUUAAUCCACUGGCAUUUUUUUACACCAAAUAGCUCACACAAAGUUACCACGGCCUCGCAGAGUGGCUUAGGUUGGAAGGAACCUCUAAGCCCACCCAUCUCUCACCACGCCAUGGGCAGGGCUGCCCCCACCAGCUCAGGCUGCCCGGGGCCCAUCGGACGCAACCUGGAGCACCUCCAGGGAUGGGGAACCACAGCUCUGUGCUUCUCGGCCAGGUACCGACACAAGCCCGAUCUGGCCAUGCACAACUGCAUGCUCAUUUUGUCUUCUAGCAAAGCCUAAAUACGCCGUGCUCCAACCCAGGAGACACGUGGCGUGCGAGGAAAUCCACCCUGGCCCCGAAAGCCGGCGUGGGCAGACACGGUGCGGCGACGGGCUGACGGCAAGCCACGCUUUCGGUGACCCGCUUUAACGGCGCCCUUAAGCAGCACCCGCACCUCCCACCCAAUUCCGGAUCUGAUGAACGAACUGACGCCGCAUCCCGCCCCGCUCGCUGCGGCCCGCCUUCCUCCGCGUCCUCUCCCUCCCCCGCCGGGCCGACGGGGUUUGUAGUUUGCGGGCGCCCGGCCGCCCCAGGACUACGGCUCCCAGGGAUCCGCGGGCGGACGGGCGGGCGCGGUCAGGUGGCGUCCAACAUGGCUUCCCCGUGCCGGCCCCGGCCGUAGCGCUGCCGCGGGGGCUGCGGGGCGCCUCGGGGCCGCCAUGCAGAAGAUCAAGUCGCUGAUGACCCGGCAGGGUCUGAGAAGUCCUCAGGAGAGUGUUCAUGACCUCAGUCCUAUUGAAAACCUCCGGUUUCCUACUAAGGAGGAACUCAGAGAAUCAUGGGAAGAACCAACUGAUCCUCAAGCUCAGCAAGAAAUAAUUAAUAGCAUUGAAGAAGUUUAUUUUUCCAAUGAUGCCUUUGAUAUUGUGAAGUAUGAAUUGGAGAGGCUUCCUCCUGUACUUAGUCUUCAAGAACUGGAAGAAUAUAGAGACAAAUUAAAGCAACAGCAAGCUGCUGUAUCUAAGAAAGUUGCGGACUUGAUUCUUGAAAAACAACCUGCAUACGUUCAGGAACUGGAACGUGUUACAUCGUUGCAGAAUGGCCUUCAGUUAGCAGCUGUUAUUUGUGCCGAUGGAAGAAGACACCUGAAUAUUGCAAAAGAAGGCUUCACACAAACCAGUUUGGGACUUCUUGCAAACCAAAGGAAAAGACAAUUGCUUAUUGGACUGCUGAAGUCUCUGAGGACGAUAAAAACACUGCAAAGAACUGAUGUGCGUUUAAGUGAAAUGCUGGAGGAGGAGGACUAUCCAGGAGCUAUUCAACUGUGUUUGGAAUGCCAGAAAGCUGCCAGCACUUUCAAACACUACAGUUGUAUAAGUGAGUUGAAUUCAAAACUGCAAGAUACUUUGGAACAAAUAGAGGAACAAUUGGAUGUAGCACUCUCCAAGAUAUGUAAGAACUUUGAUAUCAAUCAUUAUACAAAGGUUCAGCAGGCUUACAGGCUGCUUGGGAAAACACAGACAGCAAUGGACCAAUUGCACAUGCACUUCACUCAAGCUAUUCACAACACUGUGUUUCAAGUAGUGCUUGGAUAUGUGGAGCUUUGUGCAGGAAACACUGACACCAAGUUUCAGAAGUUACAAUACAAAGACCUCUGUACACAUAUUACAUCAGACAGCUACAUUCCAUGCCUUGCUGAUCUCUGCAAAGCCCUUUGGGAAGUCAUGCUCAGCUAUUACCGAACGAUGCAGUGGCAUGAGAAUCAUGAUCAAGAAGAGGCAGCAACUGUGUCUUCUGUUUCAGACAACAGCAGUGUGGUUGGAACUGAGGAAAACAGUUUUGACCGUAGCUAUGUAAAAAAGAAAUUGGAACAUGGGCUUUCACGAAUAUGGCAGGAUGUUCAACUGAAAGUGAAAACGUACCUUCUGGGAACAGAUCUGUCUAACUUCAAAUAUGAUGACUUCAUAUUUGUACUUGAUGUUAUCAGCAGGCUGAUGCAAGUUGGAGAAGAAUUUUGUGGCAGUAAGUCUGAAGUUUUGCAAGAAUCUAUCAGAAAACAAAGCGUUAACUAUUUCAAAACAUACCACAGAACCCGUCUUGAAGAAUUAAGAAUGUUUUUGGAGAAUGAGACCUGGGAACUUUGCCCCGUUAAAUCAAACUUUAGCAUUUUACAGCUUCACGAAUUUAAAUUCAUGGUUCAGUCACGUUCCCCAUCUGUGUCACCUAGUAAGCAGCCUGCUUCAGCAAUUUCAGCAACGGUAACUUUAUUUGAGCAGUACUGUAAUGGAGGAAACCCAUUUGAAAUUCAGGCUGACAGCAAAGAUGAUGAGACAGAGGAUGUGUUAGCUUCCAAUGGGUAUGAAUCUGAUGAACAAGAAAAAAGUGCCUAUCAAGAGUAUGAUAGUGACAGCGAUGUUCCUGAAGAGUUGAAAAGAGACUAUGUAGAUGAGCAGACGGGAGAUGCCCCUAUGAAGAGUGUUUCUCGAGAAACUCUGAGGAGCAAAAAGAAAUCAGAUUAUAGUCUCAAUAAAGGGAACGCACCUAUCCUGACAAACACUACACUCAAUGUAGUAAGGCUUGUUGGGAAAUAUAUGCAGAUGAUGAACAUUCUCAAGCCAAUUGCAUUUGAUGUCAUCCACUUCAUGUCCCAGCUCUUCGACUACUAUCUGUAUGCAGUCUAUACAUUUUUUGGCCGAAAUGACACGUUUGAAUCGACAGGAUUGGGCCUCAGUAGCAGCAGAUUACGCACCACACUGAACAGAAUCCAGGAGAGCCUCAUUGAUCUAGAGGUCUCCACUGAUGCCACAGGAACUCUCGCAGCUGCUGAAGAGAGAAAGGAGAAGGUGCCAAGCCCACAUCUCAGUCAUCUAGUCGUUUUGACAUCUGGCAAUUCACUCUAUGGUUUGGCAGAGAGAGUGGUAGCCACGGAAUCCUUGGUAUUUCUGGCUGAGCAGUUUGAGUGUCUUCAGCCUCAUCUUGAUGCAGUGAUGCCAGCUGCAAAGAAGCCUUUUCUUCAGCAGUUCUAUUCUCAGACUGUGUCAACUGCCAAUGAACUACGCAAACCAGUUUAUUGGAUUGUUGCUGCUAAAGCCAUUGAUUAUGAACAGAUGCUGCUUCUCAUGGCUAAUGUAAAAUGGGAUGUGAAGGAAAUCAUGUCACAACACAACAUAUAUGUAGACUCUCUUUUAAAGGAAUUUGAAGAAUUUAACAGAAGGUUGAAUGAGGUAUCUAAGAGAGUCCGUAUUCCACUAAUAGUCUCAAAUAUACUUUGGGAGCACUGCAUGCGCUUGGCCAAUAGAACUCUUGUGGAAGGUUAUGCUAAUGUGAAGAAAUGCAGCAAUGAAGGACGUGCCUUGAUGCAACUGGACUUCCAACAAUUCUUAAUGAAACUAGAAAAGUUAACAGACAUUAGGCCUAUUCCAGAUAAAGAAUUUGUGGAGACCUACAUUAAAGCCUACUACUUAACAGAAAAUGACAUGGAGCGCUGGAUAAAAGAACACAGGGAAUAUUCCACUAAGCACUUGACAAAUCUGGUGAAUGUUUGUCUGGGGUCUCACAUCAACAAGAAGGCAAGACAGAAGCUGCUAGCUGCUAUUGAUGACAUAGACAGGCCUAAAAGAUAACUGGAGAGAGUUACUUUCCAUUUACUCUUGUACCUUUUUCUGUUCAUGUGAAGCAUGCAGACAGAUGACAAAUGGACUAAUGACAACAUUGUCUUAAAAACCAUUGUGCAUGACUUUUCUUAUCAGCAUUGGAGACACUCUGAAUUGGCAUAAUGUUCUAAACCAUUACUUUUUUAACCUGUAAGAAUCCUUUUCUUAUGUAUUUUUCUGUUUUUUGUUACUUGCCCUUAGUAAAGGGCUGCUCUUCGUGUAUCAUUGGUGAAGUGUAUAUUUUGAAAAACUGUAUACUGUAAGUAAAACCAAAAUCAGAGAGAAACACAUUGGCUUAAUAUAUAGUUGAUGCUCUUUUUUAAUAAAAGGGCUAUUUGAAAAUAUAACGUUUUCCUCACUACCUUUCCCCUCAGAAUUUGUGCUUUAUUAUGGACCAGUGUAAAAUGAAAGAAAAUGUACAUCUUUGAGCAACAUAUCUUGCAUGUGGAUUAAGAAUAUAGAUCAAUUAAAAAUUCUCAUGUUGAUGUCUUUCAUCUUUAUAUGUAUUUAAAAACGUUUAUUUCAGAAUUAAUAUAGUUAUUUCAAAAUUAUUGACUUCAGAUCAGUCAAGGUAAUAAAUACUGUACACUAAAACGAGUUAUUUGUGAGACUUUAUUUACCUCAUUUAACAAUGCAAAAUGAUGCGUGUUAUAAAAAUGAGUGUUGUUCCUCUCAUGUCACUUCUCUUUUGUAUCCCUACCACUCUUUCCUGUUCCCAAAGCAGUAAUACCAGAGAAUAACAGAUUUUUUUUUGGCUGAAUUUUUGGAUGGAUAAUCUUAAUAUUUUCUGCUCUGCUGUAGACUCCUAGAGUGAUCCUGAGCAUGUCAAAAUUCCCUGACUGGGUAUUUGUCCUAGAAAUGGAUUUGUCAGAGCAUUAUUGACCACUGAGGCUUUCAAAUUUGCCUUCAGCAGAAGAACCUGUGUUCUGAGUACAUUUCUACUUUCCUUGCAGUGUUGCUUGUAGAUGAGAUGCUUGGGGACUGAUCAAACUGUCAUAGCAAAACAGAAAAACUCUCAAAGUGAUCUGAAUUAACUUAAAUAAAGGCUUUAAUAUUCAUUAAGAUUUUUCUUAUACUCUCAAGCUCUGUUCCAUGUCUUUUGUUUUUCUGUAUAUAAUGUUUUAACUAUUAAAAAAUUAUUAUGUAAUAAACAUUUUUCUAAUCUGAGGCCCUUUAAAAGGCAAUACACUAGCAAUGAGCUAACAGGCAAAAUAAUUUACGUAGGAUACAAUCCACUAAUGUAAAUGACAUGAUAAACUCUCAUUUUCAAUACUUGCCAUUGCACUGUUUAAUUCAAACACAAGAGAAUCAACACUUACUGUUAGUCAGCAGCACCAAUGAACUGGAAAUUGCCUCAUGGAAUCAGAUAAUUGUUCUUUCUGUAGGUUAGUUUCAUCUUCAGAAGCGAUGAAUUCUGAGCAUCAUUGUGCAGUUUCCUUGAAAAGCCUAUAUAUGGUUUUAGAGCAGUAGAAUUUACAUUUUUAAAUAUUGACUGUGUGGCAUUCAUCUCCCUGUUCAUCUGUAUUUUAAAGGAAAUAGGAUUUAAAACAAACUUAAGCAUCAUUCUGUAAAGACCAUGCUGUCGUUCUGAGUUCUAUUGAAAACUUGUUUGUUUAGCAGAGUGCUUAUGUAUACAGUGAAGCUGAAUCGCUUUUACCCUCAUUAAAAAGGCAAUUCAAAAAAAAAAAAAAAAAAGGAAAAGUGUAGUUCAUUUAAAGUGUGGACUUUUGCGUCAGUGUGUCUGCCCCGAAGUCAGAUCCUCAACAGGAGCUCUUGGAAGGAAUAGAAAUGUGUCAGAGACUGUUAGUGUAAAAUCUGUUUCAAUUUCCUUCUCGUGGAUGAAAGAAGGAAUUUAAAUAACUUUACUGUAAUUGUGGUGAACUGAACGUGGGGUUAAUUUCCCCUGAACUAUUUAGGUUGCUGUAAUUUGUUUGCUCACCAGAAGGUAGGAGUGCGAGCACUGAUUGGAAUGUAGGGUCAAGGAAGGAGGUGAGCAAUUGCAUGAGUCCUAGUAAGGGGCAAUUUUUGAUAACAUAUCUAUAGAUGGGCUCAUUUUAAGCCCCCAAAUAAUGGAAUGCGCAACAUUAAACUUGUGAAGCAAUUUUUUGAUCUUCUUUCAUAUGUGCCUCAGAAUUUAUUAUAUUCUCUAGAAUAUAAUAAAUUGCUGCCCAAUAUUGAUGCUAAGGG